UUUAUAAUUAUUAAUCACCAGUCAACAGACCUAUUUGAAAUACUUGAAAAUCUAUUGCAUCAUAGUGAUCAUGAUGUAUUAAUUUAUUUGUUAUUAUUAUAACCUAUUAUUAACCUAAAAAAUAAUUAUAUGUUGUUCAUUAUGCUGAGUUUAACAAGGUUGAAAACUUCCAAGUUACACGAAUUAUUCAAAGGAGUAUAUAAAUGCAAUCAAAACCAUGAACGGUUCAAAUCUUUUACGAAAUGGUAUAAAGAAUAUUGGGGCCCUAGGAUAAACAAUCCACCUUACAAACAUGUAACACAAAUAGGCGAUCCUGUUCUUAGAAAUGUAGCUAAAGAAGUUUCAAAAGAUAAAAUAAAUAGUGAUGAGGUUCAGCAAGUCAUUGAAACUAUGAAAUAUGUUAUGAAUAAAUAUAAAAGCAUGGGAUUAGCAGCUCCACAAAUUGGAGUUUCCCUGAGAAUAUUUGCAAUGAAUUUUGACAAAGGAUUGCUUGAUUCGUAUGCACCAGAAAUCAUAAAAAGUAGAGAUAUGAUGAUAGUCCCCUUCCAAGUUGUUAUAAAUCCUGAAAUGAAGAUAAUAAACUAUGACAAAGUAUCAUAUCAAGAGGCAUGUGAAUCAGUUCGUGGUUUUUGUGCAGAUGUUCCUCGUUAUAAAGAAAUUGCUUUAUCAGGUUUCGAUCAAAAUGGAAAACCAAUUAAUAUGAAAGCCUAUGGUUGGACAGCGAGGAUAAUACAACAUGAAAUAGAUCAUUUAAAUGGAAAAUUUUAUACCGAUAUUAUGCACAAAACCUCUUUACAAUGCAGCUGCUGGGAGGCUGUAAAUAAGCACUCCGGUCGCAUAGAAAUAAGAUUUAUACCAUGAUGAAUGCUAUUGAAGAAUUAUUAAAUUCUAUUUUGAGUUGAUUUUAAUAUGUAGGUAUUAUUAAUUUAUUGAUAUUUUGUACUAAUGGAAAACAUUAUUUAAAUUUGAAAUGAAUAAUGAUUUAUGAUUGAUUAAUACAAGUCCAUACAA